GUUGGAGCUACCCGGAAGCUAAAUCAUGGAAAUGACUUAUGUUGUUGUUAUCGAGCAGAAAGUAGCUCGUCUACUUGCUAGCUGUAUAUCAUAAUGUUUUACGGAUAUUGUCAAGGCGGUUGUUUCUAUUUCAUUCAUUUGAUAAUCUUAUUUUAAAAACCCAAAUUUUGGAACUGUAACUCAUUGCUUUGAUUUAGCUGUCUGACGUUCUAUCAAGUUCGGCUUGCUAGCUAACGCCGCUAGCUAGUUAAAGUUAGUUGCGAAUGACAGGGACAGUCAUAUUUUCCAGGCUGUAUGAAGGCGUAUGAAAAAACGUUAGAACAAAAUGGAUUGCACGGCACUGGAGCACGAUGCAGUUAAAUUUGCUAAAACUGCUGUCAUCUGCGACCAGAAUGGAAAAUACAACGAAGCGGUCUUCUAUUAUAAGGAGGCGGCACAAGCCCUGAUCUACGCCGGCAUGGCAGGGUCUAAACUGGAGGGCAUCCAGGAUAAAGUCAAUGAGUACCUGGACCGUGUUCAGGCCCUGCACAAUGCUGUUCAAGCUCAAAGUAGCGACCCUCUGAAGAGCAAGCAGCAGGUGGAUCUGGAGCGGGCCCACUUCCUGGUCACUCAGGCCUUUGAGGAGGAUGAGAAGGGCAAUGGGGACGAGGCCAUCGAGCUCUACACACAGGCCGUGGAACUCUGCAUCCAGACGUCUCAUGAUACGACAGACCAGGGGCUGCAGGGCAAAUUGAAGCAGCUGGCUCGUCAGGCCCUCGAUAGGGCGGAGGGCCUGAAGGAGUCCCAGUCCGCCAGUCCCUUAGCCCAGUCGCCACAGGACAGGCCGGGGCCCUCAGGGGCCAAACCCAGUGGGGGGCCUUGUCCCGUCAGACAGUUCUUCCCCCUGGGGCCUGACUUCUCUCUCCAGGACCGCCCCCAGCCAGUCAGGCCUGUCCAGUCCAGCGAGCCUCAGGGUCAGCGCUACACCUCAGAAGAGAUCGAGGUGCUCAGGAGCACGUCCAAGAUCAACGGCAUACCCUUCGUCCCCUUCAUGAGUGUGGACCUGAAGGAGAGAUUUGCCUUUCCUGUUCCAUUCUCGGACAAACUAGGCAAGCUGGCCCUGUCUCCCAAGCAGAAAACCAUCUUCUCCCGCUGGGUUCGCCCUGACGAGAUCUGCAAUAACCCCACCAUGAUCUUAUCUGUAUCCAGCUUCAGCAUCAAACAGACGGUGGUGUCUGACUGCUCGUUCGUGGCGUCGUUAGCCAUCAGCGCUGCCUAUGAGCGACGCUACAACAAGAAGCUCAUCACCAGCAUCAUCUACCCCCAGAACCGGCGCGGGGAGCCAGAGUACAACCCCUGUGGGAAGUACAUGGUGAAGCUUCACAUCAACGGUGUGCCCAGGAAGGUCAUUAUAGACGACUUCCUGCCAUGUGGUCAGAAUGGAGAGCUGCUGUGUUCCUACUCCAGCAACAGGAACGAGCUGUGGGUCUCCCUCAUAGAGAAGGCCUACAUGAAGGUCAUGGGAGGUUACGACUUCCCCGGCUCCAACUCGAACAUCGAUCUGCACGCACUCACUGGCUGGAUCCCAGAGCGUAUCGCCAUGCAUUCAGACAAUCAGUCAUUCAUCAAGGACGACACCUUCCGCAUGCUCUACCAGAGGUUUCACCGGGGCGACGUCCUAAUCACCACGGCAACAGGGGUGAUGACAGAGGAGGAAGGCGAGAGGUGGGGCCUUGUGCCAACGCAUGCCUAUGCUGUCCUGGAUAUCCGGGAGCACAAAGGGAAGCGGUUCCUACAGCUGAAGAACCCGUGGAGCCACCUGAGGUGGAAAGGCCGCUUCAGUGAACGGGAUGAGAAAAAUUGGACCCCAGAACUUCUCAAAUACCUCAACUUUGACCCCAAGACCGCACAGAAGUUUGAUAAUGGCGUGUUCUGGAUCACGUUUGAGGACCUGUGCCAGUACUAUGAUGUCAUCUACCUAAGCUGGAGCCCCGCCCUGUUUAGAGAGUCUUCCUGUAUCCACAGUAGCUGGGAUGGGAAGCAGGGCCCUGUGAAGGAUGCCUACAGCCUGGCCAACAACCCUCAGUACCGGCUGGAGGUGACCUGUCCUGCAGGGGGCACUGCUGUCUGGGUUUUGCUGACCAGACACAUCACUGACAAGGACGACUUUGCACAAAACAAGGAGUUCAUCACCUUGGUGGUUUACAAGACAGAGGGAAAGAAAGUUUACUACCCUGCGGACCCUCCCCCCUACAUAGAUGGGAUCAGGAUCAACAGCCCCCACUACCUGACCAAGAUGAGACUAACCAGCGCUGGAACACACACAUUCACACUGGUGGUGUCACAGUACGAGAAGCAGAACACCAUCAACUACACCCUGAGGGUCUACUCUGGAUGCAAGUUCUCCUUCUCCAAGAUCCCAACACCCUUCACUCAUACCAAACGGAUCAAUGGCCAGUGGAAGGGGCCGAGUGCGGGGGGCUGUGGGAACUACAAGGACUCGUACAAGCACAACCCAAUCUACCAGUUUAACCUGGAGCGCCCAGGACCCAUGCUCAUAGAGCUACGAGGCUCCAGGCAGUACAGUGUGGGCUUUGAGAUGGUGACCGUGUCCACUGUAGUAGAGCCAGGACCUGCAGGCCACCCGAAGAAGAACAGUGGCGACUACAGGUGUGGUUUCUGCUACAUGGAGGCAGACCAUGUCCCUGCUGGCAUCUACAAUGUCAUCCCCACCACCUUCCUGCCCAAACAGGAAGGCCCCUUCUUCCUGGACUUCAGCAGCGCAACGCCCCUAAAGGUCUCCCAGCUCCAGUAAGGAGAGGGGGGAGGAUUCAGGGGUGACACCAGGAAUAACUUGCUCACAACAUGGACACACUCACUGUUCCCUCAACUCUGGGUGGAACUUGUCACGACUGCAGGAGGACCCCAAAGAGACUGAUGACUUUAUUGAUUAUUAUCAAGGGUAUUUGGAAAGGGACAUGUUUUUGGUAUGGAACAUAGCCCUCUAUGUGCUGAGGUGUGCAAGAACAUGUUCUAAAAAAUGUUAACUGACUGAGUAGUAACCCUCAGAGCUAAUGUUGAAGGUGCUUUCUUCCUCCUUUGCCAUAAUGACAGAUACAGUAAAUGAUAUCACAACAA